CGGCAGUGCGGGGCGGGGCUGCCGGGAGUCCUGGUGCCGCCGGUUACACUUCUGAGCGCCUUCGGAAGCCACAGGGUAGGGGAACCUGUGCGGAGGAACCGGGGAGAGGUAGCAGGCAGGCCCAGCUUAUGUGCCAGCCCAGUGACACACACAGAAGCAUAAGUCAGGCUAAGGAUGGUGCGUCCGGGCGCUCACGUGUGUAUUACAGAACCACCGGCAGGACUAUUUGCGAUGUGGGCACCUGUCGUGUGAGUGCCUCCGGGCGUGGUUGCUCAUGGGACGUUCAGUUUUUGCAUGAUUUAUUUCGAGGGGCCUACCUUCCUCUGGCGUCAGAGGAGGAACCUAAGAAGUUUAGCGGAGCCGGGUUUCAGCAGAUUAAGGGAGUAGAACAGCGGCUGGGCCAGAGAGGGUGGGGACUGCAGGUGCUGGGGGCUAGGGAACCACCUAUUUGCCCCGUCUCCCCACCUGAAAGGCCUUUUGAGCAGGCUAGCGUGACAAAGGUGGCCCUAAAAUGCUCGAGAGCCCGGGCAAUGAUGAUCGCUGAGUGAGUGGCACUGGGCUGAGCCUCAGCAGUUGACUGACAGAGAGGGAUGCUAGCAGUUAGGAAGGUUAGGAGGAAACUCAGGAUGGGGACCAUCUGCUCCCCCAACCCCAGCGGGACAAAGACAUCCUUGGAGGUCUGCAAUGCUGACUGGAUGGCCUCACUCCCUCCUCACCUCCACAACGUACCCCUUUCCCAUCUGGCAAUCCCAGGCUCCCAUGAUUCAUUCAGCUACUGGGUAGACGAAAAGUCCCCAGUGGGGCCUGACCAAACCCCAGCUAUCAAACGCCUGGCCAGGAUCUCCUUGGUGAAGAAGCUCAUGAAGAAAUGGUCUGUGACUCAGAACCUGACAUUCCGCGAACAGCUGGACGCUGGGAUCCGCUACUUUGACCUGCGUGUGUCUUCCAAGCCCGGGGAUGCUGACCAGGAAAUCUAUUUCAUUCAUGGGCUUUUUGGCAUCAGGGUCUGGGACGGGCUGAUGGAGAUUGACUCGUUCCUCACACAGCACCCCCAAGAGAUUGUUUUUCUGGAUUUCAACCACUUCUAUGCCAUGGAUGAGGCCCAUCACCAACGCCUGAUUCUCCGGAUCCAGGAGGCUUUCGGAAACAAGCUGUGCUCAGCCUGCAGUGUGGAGAGUAUGACGCUGCAGACACUGUGGGAGAAGAGGUGCCAGGUUCUUAUUUUCUAUCACUGUCCCUUCUACAAGCAAUACCCCUUCCUGUGGCCUGGAAAGAAGAUCCCAGCACCCUGGGCCAAUACCACGAGUGUGCACAAGCUCAUCCUCUUCUUGGAGACCACGCUGAGCGAGCGCGCCCCCCGAGGCUCCUUCCACGUGUCUCAAGCGAUCCUCACACCCAGAGUGAAGACCAUCGCCCGAGGCCUGGUCGGCGGCCUCAAGAACACUCUGGUGCACAGGAAUCUUCCUGCCAUCCUGGACUGGGUGAAAACUCAGAAGCCUGGAGCCAUGGGUGUCAAUAUCAUCACAUCUGACUUUGUGGACCUGGUGGACUUUGCCACGACUGUCAUUGAAUUGAAUGACCUCCUACAGGAGGACAGAGCUUUGGCUAAAUGCUGAUUUUUUAUUUAACUUAAUAUUGAAUUUGUUGAUCCAGGCUAGGGUUCUGAAGGGUUUCCUGUAAAGUUGGCCCCCAGGCAGUGAUGCUGAAGUGAGUAAGAGGAGGGAACAUUCUUUUUUUUCCUUCCUUACAGGGCCCUUUGGAUAAAAUCACAGAGCUUUUAAUUGCAUUUUUCCCACAUGAGACUUUUUAAAAACUCAAGUCCAAGGGAAGAAAGCGUGUUUCAUGGGAUCAAGGUCAGGCUCUUCCCAAUGGCAUAUGAUGUUGAAUGUAAUAUGGAAAUGGUGUCUCCAAGUUCCAUUGGGCUAUUGAGUGGCCCGUUGUCUUCCAGGAUGCUGUAUUUGAGCCAGAGAGAAGACUAAAGCAGGAGGUCACUCCUGCUCAAAAGGAUGGUUUAUGGCAGGUGUCGACUGCCCUGUGUGGCAGCUCUGUCACCAGCCUGGAGCUCUGAGGGCAGAGAGGUCAAGAACCAGUUUUUCCUAGGCGUGCUGAGCGUCAGCACUUCUUCCCUGAGAGUAAGAUGUAUUUGUCACCAAGGUAUUACAGCCACGGGUUGUUCUCAGUGCUUAUGCUUGGUAACUGGACCCCUUCAUUCUUUAGAUAAACAGUGCGUAUUGUCCUCGGUAUCAGGAAAGUGUUUCCCAGUUUUAAAACACUGAUUCCUCUCUUUCGGCCCCUACUUAAAAGUGAAAGGAGCAGUGAUGGGACAUCUUUUUCAGCCUGGGGCCCACCAGAGAUAGACACGCAUGUCUGUUGCAUGACAGAUUUCUUUGAUUUAAUUCUGUAGCUUUCCCCCAGAUAGCUGCUAGGCAAGCGGCUGCAUCGUUCUGGCAAAGUCCUCUGUGGAUGGGACCUUGAAGCCAGAUCUGGGAAUGGCAUUUCAUUGUUGCUGCCUAGGACUCAAGUCUGCCUCGUGGGACACAAUACUAAGCGAAGGCGCCUUGUCGGUGACACCGUGGAGGCAGACACAGGACGCGUGGGAAAGUGCAAUGGAUUUCAGGAGGCGGCUCCAAGCGGGUUUGGAGCCGUUCUGUAACUCCUUGAAAACAAGACUACCUCGGGGACACUGAGGAUGACGGCGUGUCAUCAAGCAAGAAAUUCCCAGUGUGUUGGAAUAUUUCCAGUUCGUAUCUUGAUUGUUCUAGUUUCUGCAGGUUGUUUUGAGCCGACUAAUCACCACUGCAGGAGGGCUUGGAAACUCAAGCGGGGAUUUUUUUUAGUAUUAUUAUUAUAAGAGGUGCUUAUCCAUAAAAAGCCCUCUUGUGUUGUUUUAUUUAUUUAUUUAUUCAUCUAUUUAUUUUAUAGAUUAAGUAUCUCCAGUGCUUCUUACCUCAAGAGCACUCACAAAAGAGCUUCCUGAACUUUUCUCACCCAGGCCAGAUGCUGCCACGGUCCUGCUCCGGUCAACAGGACCAUGCAUCUCAGGACCGUGAGUGACCUCUGACCCUGCCGCUGUGGACGGCCCGGUUCCCUCAGUCGUGGCGGGGGCCAGAAUUCACACAUGGGUGUGGUCCAGACCAGCGAAGCCACCACCAGGCUACCGCACUGAAACAGAAGACGAGAUGGGUCAUGAAGAGCUCUCAUUUCUUGAGGGAACCUUUCAGAAGAAGGAUGAAAAAGAAGGAGCCAGAAAGAAAACUGGGCAUCUAUGUGCAUGCACUCUGCAGAACUCUCUGAGAAGCCCCCAGGAGGUGUUAGCUUCUGGCUUCUUAAAGCGGAAGAACAUGGAAUCCCAUCCGUAUGCGCAUUUAGACAGGUGGUCAGUCCACCUCCCGGUAGCUUUCCACUCCCAUCCUCCGAUGCUUAUGGCUGGACCUUGCAUGUUGCCUGCAGAGGGGUGUGUCCUGUCUGAGCUGCUCAGAGCACACGCACACCCCCAGGGCUAAGUCUUCCAGCCUUUACUUAGCUUCAAGUAAUUAAAGCCCUGACCUUUAGCUUCCACAGCUUGAAGAGGUCACAACACAGAUGCCUCUGGGGAAAUAUGAUUUAAUUUUUCCUUUCCUUGCAUUUGACUCCCUUUCCAGAGAGAUUGCUAGGGUUUUAUUGUCAAAUUUUUAGGGCCUUCUCUGGAAAGGAGAGAGAAAGCCAGUACCCUCACUUUCUCAAUUUUUCCUUCAAUUCUGAUAUUAAAGUCCCGUGGCAAGCUCUGAAAUUCCCUGGCCUACCCUCAGGGUUUCAUUUUUUGGUUGUCUUGUUUCAUUUUGGUCUUGAUUUGAAUACUUGAUCAAUUGUUAGGGACUAGAUCAUUUCACCCCCUUCCAAUCCUUCAUUACUUGGCAAAGAGAUAAGGAGGCAAGAGGAGAGCUCUUCUGCUCUGUUUUAUUUGAGCCUCAGCUUUGUCCAGGUGUUUGGUGCUAUGAGGCCAGGUGUGUCUACCCAGGAUGUCAAUGACACCCAAGGGCUGCUGACUGUUUCGUGAAAUGUUUACUUGAUUUUCUCCUUUAGUUUUAAAAUGUCUAGCUGCACUUCACUUGGGUUGCAACAUUUAAGUGCACCUCAGCAUUUGCAUGACAAAGAAGCACAGAAAAAUGGUACCAAGGUUGCAUGUGUGGCAUCUUGCUCUAUGUGGAGUCUGCAGACCCUCACUCCUUUUUUGCAGCUUUGGGUCACCAGCCUGGCUCCCAUGUUGAAAUUUUGUGCAGGAGUUCUGGGAGAUAGGAGGAGGAUCUUUUACAGUUCACUCUUGAUAAAUACCCUUGCGUUGGCAGAAUACUCUGCCGCAGGACCGUGCUGCUUAGCAUAUUGUAAAGGAUGUGUGUGUUCUGCUCCUCGACCUCAGGCCAAGCAGAAGAUGCGGUGAUGGGACAGAGGGAAAAGAGACUUUAGGUCUAUGACUCAUUCUGCAACUGCCAACAAUAAAAAAUGGUGACCCAAUCAUACCACUUAUGCUCCCAAGUUCUGGGGAACUUUCAGAUCAAACGUGGCUAUCAUAUUUGCUCAGAAUUAAGUUCAAGAUCAGCUGAAAAGCUACUUGAUUGAGCAAAGAGGAGUUUAGUUUCACAGGAUUUGGGGCCAUGUUUAUUCUGAAAUGUAGACUGAGGUUUUCAUGGGCCCUCUGAACCACUUCCCACAUGGCCACACUUCCAUGGCUUUGUGGCAAGGAGACAGUCACAGGCUACAGUCAAGAGUAGAGCAGUGUUUAAAGGCUUGAACUUUGAGCCCUUUAGAGGUACUCCUGUGGUUUUGUGGGUAUAGAAUAUAUCUUAGUUUUGGAGACAGAGGUCAAGAUGGAAGGGAGAGAAAUGAUUGAGGAUUAAAUUUUAAAUUAAUGGCAGAUCUAAGAGGGUUAUGUCAAAAAUAUUAUAUAUUUUCCAUAUUGGACUCCAUGGUAAUUAAGUUUAAUUAUUUUCCUUAGGGCUGAGUCCAGACCCCCGAAUUCUUAAGAACAGUUAAGCCACAGCCCAAACCCAGUAUUUUAUGUAAACUCAAAGGGAAGCACAAGAUCUGACCCCAGGUAAUGCUCACUCUUAAGAAUCCUACUUCUUCUAACAUGACCUUAUAUUUACAUCAGAAAGUUUAUCUUUCUGUUCAAGAAGACAAUGAAGUGGAGCAUUCUGGGAUUAAAUAAUGUUUUGUGAUGUGUCAGGUUUUUAUACUUUUGUUUUUUCCUGAAUCUUACCGUAAAAAAGUGCUGCCCACAGAGACGUGAUUACAUACAACCCAGCUAGGAGGCUUAGUGCUAAACUGAAGGUGGAGAAGCAGAAGAGACUGACUGAGAUUGAACUGCAUCUUUUCCUAGGAGGCAAAAGUACUACACAAACUCAGGCCAUCUUGCAGAGCUAGUUCAGGCCACAGCUGAAGUUCUGGUAAUGCUCUUCAUUGGCUGAUUGCAGAUUUUUCUGGUAGGUUCUGGGAAACAUCAUAAGCUGAGGGCUAAUGAUCUAGGCACAGCCGUGAGACUUGCCUCCCUUUGCAGAGCAAAUCUAUGAUCCUGUGCUACAUCUGCCUUGGUUUGUUCAUAUGGAAUAAAGAUGAUGUCUGCAGUUUUGCAAAUCACAGUUGAAUAGCUCCCCCAAAAUAUCAGGUCCCUAAUAAUUAAGCUAAAUGCUGAGAGGGCACACAGUUGCUCAGAGGGUACACAGUUGUGGUAACCUUCCUCAUGUGGCAUCUGUAGAGAAAUGCUCCUUGGACUAAUUUCUCAAGAGACUGGCUUAGGGUGACAGACCCAGCCCAUCAGUGGCACCUCUCAUGAUUUGUCAAAUGAGGUGAACAGGGCUGAAAGAAAUAUCUGAGCUCGUGAGAUGAGCUUUCCCCACUACAUGCUGAGUAAUGUUAUGCCAGAAGGAAGUGAACAGAAAUUGAUAACAUGUCCAAGCUGACAAGAAGUUGAUUUUGCAUGGGACAUGGCUGAGGCCCUAAGUCCCACUACCUUCCAUGUGCAUCUCUGCCCUCUGCCUCAGAUCGCUUCCUCGUUUUUUGCUGCCAGAGCUUCGUUGCUCACAGAUGUUGCCUUGGGACACACAGGAGUUGGGUGAUAAGCGAUUUAGCUGGAAACUUUACCCUUCAUUCCAAAUGAUACUGAACAGAUUUUUACUGCUUCUAGAUCCACUAUAUCCUUAUCCCUGGCUUCUAGCUUUCUGCUAGAAAUAGUGAUACUAAUAGCACCGUUAUCACUGAAUUGGCCCUAAACCAGAAGAGUGCAGAACAAAAUGCUAUUGAUUUUGUCUUAGACCCUGUGCAAGUAUUCUAAGAUAACUCUUUCUAUCCUGCAGUAGAUAUAGCAUUCUAGCCUUUUCUCCAACAAAACUUGUUCUUAGGGCUUUUCAAACUAGUUUCUAAGCCACAUAGUUUGGAUAAAAUAUUUUCCUUUUCUUAAUCGGGAAUUCUUUCCCACUGAGUGCCCCCAUCAAUUAUCUGGAGGCAUUUUCCAUCUCUUCCCCUCCCAUCUCUUUCAUGAAAUAUUCCUCUUCCUCUUGCCUCCUGGCCAUCCUUAGUCAUCAGCUGAACACUGUUAAUCACAGGAUGCUGGUAAAACUUAACAAUGAAAAGCACAUGCAUUCAAUGGUGUGCAAAUGCACUCUUAUCGCAGUGGGUUUUGCACCUUACUCUCCUCAGAUGCAUUAUUCUGCACCCCUACUCCCACCCCAUCACUAGAACUUUAUCUGCUUGGAGCCCAGAAAUGGGGGCCAGUACUUCAUCCAAAUAGUUGGGGCUUGCUCACAAGCCUUGAGCCCAGUGAGAAGCACAGCACUUUGAAAAAUCAAAUAGGCCUUCCAUAGCUUUGUAUAUUUGCAGUUUUACAUUUGUUAUUAGUUUAUAGCACUAAUAACACAUCAGUCAUAAAUAGGUAGUAUCAAUACGAUAAAUCUUAGAACAUAUUCUAGAAAAGCAGUACCUUGCUGCUAUUAUCCUUACUAAUUUGUACCCUAAUAAGUAUUACAUACAGACCGUGUAUGCAUUAUUUGUAUUGUGUAUAUGCCAACUGUAAUACUUGGCCUCACUGAUUAGCGAUUAGAAAAUACAGAGAUUGUCAUAGUGAAAAUAAGUCUUGGUCAGUUCAGAUGAUAAUGUGAAUCUAGUAAAUGCUCUAUUAGAUAUUCUAUUUUGUCCUCUAUGCUUGUUUUAUAUGACAAUGCAUGCUGUUUGCUAAGUUAAAAAAAAUAAUAAAUUAUACCAAUUUUAAGAUUCAAGUGAAAAAUUUGCACAUAUGCUGCUAAACACUCUGAUAUGUAUUUUGUGGAAUAAUUAUCUUAUUCAAUAUUCAUAUGCAUUUCAUGUGGCUUUUUUUCCCCUUGGAAAUAAUCAUUCAAAUAUGUCUCUCUCCUUUUCUCUUGUAACCUGGAUUAAACUGCUUAAUUCAACCUAAAACAUUGUAAAGCCAGAUUACCUCAUUUUAACUGUGAAAAAAGUUUAGUAGCUAUGAUGACAUGAUGUCAUUUCUUGUAUUUGAUUUGAACUACCUAAACAGGCUUAAACUUAAUAAUAAACAUAA